UACAUUAAACCCACCUACACGCACGCCAGCUUGCCACCAACCCAUCUCUGUUUCUAAAAACUAACGACAGACACUUUUCUAAACCCUCACCGCCACCAUGUCCGCGGCGGCGAUGUCAGCCACGCGCUUCACCUCUUCCAAAGACUACACCAGAUUCAACCACCGCAUCCCAAUCCAAUCACUCCACUUCAACCCAAAUCACUCCCUUUCAAUCCGUACCAACCGACAUCUUCGUCAUUCUUUCUCAUUAAAACAUGACAACAACAACCACCGCCACAAGUUUCCGAUACUACUCGCAUUCUCCGGUGACGAUGGCGGCGUUGGACACGGGAACAACGGCGGCGGCGGAGGAGGCGGCGGCGGGGGUGAUGGUCAUGGUCAUGGUGGUGGUGGUGGGAAUGAGAAGGAGGUGUUGAUGGUGUUGGCGGAGGUUGGGAGGACGUUGGAUGGGAUUCCGGCGGAUCUAGCGGCGGCGGUUAGGGCGGGGAGGAUACCGGGAUCUGUUGUGAAGAGGUUUUUGGAGCUUGAAAAGUCGCCGUUUAUGAGAUGGUUGCUUCAGUUUGGUGGGUUUAAAGAAAGGUUGCUUGCUGAUGAUCUUUUCUUGGCCAAAGUUGCUAUGGAAUGUGGUGUUGGUAUGUUUACUAAGACUCUCGCAGAGUAUGAAAAACGCAAAGAAAAUUUCUCCAAGGAGCUGGAAAUUGUUUUUGCAGAUGUGGUGAUGGCUGUAAUUGCGGAUUUCAUGCUUGUUUACCUUCCCGCCCCUACUGUGUCUCUUCGACCACCAAUAUCCGUAAAUGCAGGGCGUAUUGCCAAGUUCUUUUAUAACUGUCCUGAUAACGCAUUCCAGACUGCUUUGGGUGGAACAACAUAUACAUUACUUCAGCGAUUGGGUGCUAUAGCUCGUAACGGGACGAAGCUUUUUGCAGUGGGCACUGCAUCGUCACUGGUUGGCACGAUUAUGACAAAUACACUGAUAAACGCUAAAAAGGCGGUUCAGAAAUCUUCUGACGAUGACCUCGAGAACAUUCCUGUUUUAGCCACCAGCGUGGGAUACGGUGUUUAUAUGGCGGUUUCUAGCAAUCUCCGGUACCAACUUCUGGCAGGUGUAGUUGAACAACGGUUUUUAGAACCAUUGUUACACCAGCACAAGUUACUGUUAAGUGCAGCCUGCUUUAUUGUUCGGACAGGAAACACAUAUUUGGGUUCAUUAUUGUGGGUGGAUUAUGCGCGUUUGGUCGGGCUUCAAAAGGCUCAUGAUGUGGCGGAAGCUUAGUUCUUGAUGAUGUUAUAGAUGCAGAUUAGCGACAUCUUUCGAGUUCUAUGUGGUUUGUGUCUGUCUCAAGGGGUGGGCUGGUUCCCCAAAAAUUUUAAGAUUUAUGAAAUUUGACUAGGUUGUUUGGUUUUAAAACGGUUUAAUGUUCUUUCUUCUGGUUUUUAUAGUUGAUUUGUAGCGUUGGAUGGUUUCGGAUUUUUGUUCUUAUAUAUGGAAACGAUGAGUUUCUUAAAAGAGUUAA